AUACAUACAACGCCAUUCCCGCCUCACUCUCUCUUCUUCCCAUCGAAGCAAAACCCAUUUUUCAUCUUUUCAUUUCGUUUGGGCCCUCUGCUUUCCAGACCCACCGGAGAGCGCAAUCAAAGGGGGACUGUCACAAGUGGUAGCCAUCAUUAUACCUUAAAGAACCAGCAACCCUUCUUCUCCUUUGCUUUUUUAAAGCUCUUUAAAUCUCCCCCGAGAUAGAUAUCUUGAGCGUAUCACAGAAAACUACUGCGCUUGUGUUUUUUGGUUUUUCAUGGCGACUAUGGCGGUGGAUUUGGAUUUGGAUGACGGUGAGUUUUGGCUUCCGCCGCAGUUUCUUGCUGAUGAUGACCUUAAGAAGGGUGGGUUUCCGAGUUCGCCCGUUGAGUCGGUGAACGAGACGGAGAGUGAUGAGGAUGAGUUUAUUUCUGGGUUAACCAGGAAAAUGGCGCACUCUACUCUGGAAGAUGACUCUGCUUUUGAAUAUAAUUUCGGCAAGGCGUGGCGUUUGUCUGGUUCGCCGCAAUCAACGCUGUGCGGGGUUCUAGGUGGUGGGUUGGGGGGUAACCAGAUUUCGAGCCGUGGGAGUACAAACUGUUCUUCCCGUGCUUCCUCUCCUCCGCUGCCGGCGGAGCAGCCCGGAAAGGCCGACGGGGGAGCGUGGGAUCUGCUUUUUGCUGCCGCCGGCGAUGUUGCAAGAAUGAAGAUGAUGGAGGAAUCUGCUAGGCUUUACUCGAACCAAAAUGGAAUCUGGGCUCCUCCUAGAAAUGUUAGCCCAGUCGGCGUUCCUACUCCCAAAACCUCCCAGCCCCAGAAUCUAGGCUUGAUGAACUCAAAUCAACUCCCUCAGCACUCAAAUUAUCAAGAAUUACACAUGGCAUCUCAAUUUCAGAGGAUGAAGCAACACGAGAUGGGGAUGCAGAGGGUGGGUUUGAUUCCAUCUCUGAACAGUAACCACCCACAGCCUAAUAUGUCUGCUUGGCCUACCCUCCAACAGUCUCUACAGCAGCCUUGCCGUGGCUCAGGCAUGAGAGCCGUGUUCAUUGGAAAUCCAGGUGGUGCUAAAAGGGAGUGUGCCGGAACCGGAGUUUUCCUCCCCAGAACAGUGGGAACCCCGGCCGAGCCCCGCAAGAAGCCAGUGUGCUCCACAGUUUUGCUGCCCGAGAAGGUUGUCCAUGCCCUCAACUUGAAUUUCGAAGCUCAGGGCCAUCAGCCUCAGCUUCUCCAACCCAGAUACACUGGCAGAUACACUCAUCAUCAUGAUGGUGCUGGCUUGAAGAACCAACGGAAUAACGGGCGGGUGCAGGCACAACAGAGGCGCAAUCUGAGGCCAUCGCCAGCGUGCUCUGUCAGCCAAGAGCUGCGGUUACCUCAGGAAUGGACCUACUGACAACCAAAGCCCCAAGCCAUCUAUUAGCAGUAGCGCAUAUGUUUGUUUCUUUCAGGAAAGAGGUGACGAGUGAUUUUGAAGAUAUAUAAAUAGUAUUUGCAAAAAAUAAAGCUUGAAUGAAGGAUAGUGGGGGAAAAGAAGAAAAACAAAACAAGAAUAGGAUGGAUAAAUUAUGAGUAGACUUGGUAAUGGUAGUUUAAGGUUAGGAAAAUAGGAAGAAAUGGAUAGUUUUUGGUUUUGGUUGUUGUGAGGUUAGAUGAAAAAAGAAUAAAAGCAAUGCAACACAACACACAGCUUUCUUGGAUGGUGGGUCCAAUGAAGCGGUGGAUUUGCAGUUUUCAAUCUGCUCAGCACAGCAAGAAUGGAUGAGUGGAUGUGUAAUGGGAGAUCUGCAAGUUGAAAGAAGAUCUUUUUUUGCUUGCAAUCUCCAUAGUUUUGGUCAUUUUACAUACAACAGCAAUACUAGAAUGUAUGAUGGGUUUGUAUUAAUAUUAAUAUUAAUAUUAAUUUUAUUAUAUUAAUGUAUUUUGACCCAUCCAUCCUAAACAUGGGGGGUUUGAAUGAAUAAGAAAGAUAGAUGAUGAUGAUGUCUAUUUGUUCA